AUGUCGCUCAAGGGAUUCCGCUACAAGAAGUUGCUUGAGUUCAACUCGGACAGAUUGGUGUAUAGCAUUGAUAAGGAGGAAAAGUGCAUCUACGCUAAGAUGAAGGCCAACAUUGCUGGAGGUCCAUCUAUUAUCUUUAAUCGCUACGCUAAGCGCAACGAGACGAAGAUUCGUGGAGGUAAGCUCUGUAAGAAAAUUAUCGGA